UACCUGGGCUGCGGUCCAGCCGGCGCUCAGCGGAGCUCCAGACUUCAGCACCCGGAGCGGCGGGCGCGGAGGCGCGCGGGAGGGGAGGCGCGCGGGGAGGGGAGGCGGUCCGCGCGGGGGCCGCGGGGGGCUCGGGCCGGGGGCUCCAGGCACGCUGAGCCCCGCCCCGUCCCUCCUCCCCUUCUUCAGGACCCGAGGAGCCGGGGGCAUGGACCAAACCGCGCUGGUCUGGCACCAUGACGCCUGUCCGCUUGGUGGUGGCUCUGAUUUUAGGGGCGCUCCCUGAAGUGGUCAGCUCCGGUCCGGCCCUCGGUUACCCCCUCCACUUCCGCCAUCGCCACCCUCCCGCUGCGGUUCCCCACUUUCCCUACCACCUACCCCCCCUGCAGCGGCCGCCGAGGCCCCCCGCGUCCCUGCUUGCGCGCGCCCCGCGGCCCCGGCCGGCGCCUGGUGCGCUGCACCCGCUCCCCCUGCACGCGGUGCGCGCGUCCCGGCCGCACCCUGGGGACUGCCCUGCCGGCGGGCCCUGGGUCAACGAGACGGACUUUGGCGCCCCAUGUCUGCGCUGGGCGGACGUGCCGUCCCUGCUGGAGCGGUCGCCCCCAGAGGGCUGGGCUCCCCUGCGAGGGCAGCGCCACAACUUCUGCCGGAGCCCCGAAGGCGCGGGCCAGCCUUGGUGCUUCUACCCGACCGCCCGGGGCCGGGCGGACUGGGGCUACUGCGACUGCGGACACGGGUCGGUCCGGCUGCGCGGGGGCCCGGACGGGUCGGAAGGCCUGGUGGAGGUGUGGGCCGGGGGAGCCUGGGGCGCCAUCUGCAGUGGCCACUGGGACGACGCCGCCGCCACGGUCGUCUGCCACCAGCUGCAGCCCGGAAGGAGAGGAGCCGCGACGCACGCCCCGUUCUCCGGCCCCGGCCCCAUUCCCGCGCUCUGGGGCGACGUCCGCUGCCGGGGUGACGAGGAGGCCCUGCUGCUCUGCGAGAGGCACGCCUGGCGCGGCGGGGCGUGCCCUCCGGCGCUGGUGGCCACCGUCCGGUGUGGCCCCUCCCCUGGCCCAGCGUCCCCAGCCCUGCGCCUGGCCGGCGGCCGCAGCGAGCACGAGGGCCGCGUGGAGCUGUUCCACGCGGGCCAGUGGGGCACCGUGUGCGGCGACCAGUGGGACGACACGGACGCGGAGGUGGUCUGCAGGCAGCUGGGCCUCAGCGGCGUGGCCAGAGCCUGGACGCAGGCCCACUUCGGGGCGGGCGCCGGCCCGGUUCUGCUGGACGAGGUGCGCUGCACGGGCAACGAGCUGUCGGUGGAGCAGUGCCCCAAGAGCCCCUGGGGGGAGCACGACUGCGGCCACGGCGAGGACGCGGGGGUGUCCUGCACCCCGCUGACCGACGGGGCCCUGCGCCUGGCCGGGGGGAAGGACAGCCGCGAGGGCCGCCUGGAGGUGUACCACGGGGGACGGUGGGGCACCGUCUGCGACGACGGCUGGACCGCGCUGAGCUCCGACGUGGCCUGCCGGCAGCUGGGCUUCAAGCACGGCCGGCGGGCCUCGGCGGACGCCUUCGGAGGGAGCCGGGGGCCUAUCUGGCUGGACGAGGUCCGCUGCUCGGGGCGGGAGCCCGGCCUGCUGCAGUGCCCACGGGCGCCCUGGGGCCGGCACGACUGCAGCCACCGCGAGGACGUGGCCCUCGCCUGCGCGCCCGGCGGCGACGGACACCGGCCACCGCCCCUGGGCUUCCCCAUCAGGCUGCGGGACGGGGAGACCGAGAAGGAAGGGCGCGUGGAGGUGCUCAUCGGCGGCCAGUGGGGCACCGUGUGCGACGACGGGUGGACGGACGAGGACGCGGCCGUGGCCUGCCGGCAGCUGGGCUACAGGGGCGCCGCCAGAGCGCGGGGCAUGGCGUACUUCGGCGAGGGCGGAGGGCCCAUCCACCUGGACAACGUGGGGUGCACGGGCGCCGAGGGGUCCCUGGCCGACUGCGCCCAGCAGGACGUCGGGAGACACAACUGCCGCCACAGCGAGGACGCCGGCGUGAUCUGUGAUUACCUCGACGGGAGAGCCCCAGGGAGCGGCCACCACGCGUCCCCGCCGCCGCCGUCCGUCUGUGGGGUCCGGCCACCGCGCCGCCGGCAGAAGCGGAUCGUCGGUGGGAAAAACUCCUUAAGGGGCGGCUGGCCCUGGCAGGCGUCGCUGCGGCUCCGGUCCCCGCGGGGAGACGGCCGGCUGCUGUGCGGGGCCACGCUCCUGAGCAGCUGCUGGGUGCUGACGGCCGCGCACUGCUUCAAGAGGUACGGGAACGGCACGCGGAGCUACGCCGUGCGGCUGGGGGACCACCACACGCUGGUGCCCGAGGAGUCGGAGGAGGAGGUGGCGGUGCAGCAGAUCGUCCUGCACCCCGAGUACCGGCCCGACAGCAGCGACUACGACAUCGCGCUGGUCCGGCUCCGGGGCCCCCGGGGCCAGUGCGCCUGGCUGGGCAGCCACGUCCUGCCGGCCUGCCUCCCGCUCUGGAGGGAGCAGCCCCAGCGGACGGCGCCCCGCUGCUACAUCACGGGCUGGGGAGACACAGGGCGGGCCUACUCCAGAACUCUGCAGCAAGCGGCCAUCCCCCUGCUGCCCAAGAGGGUCUGCCAGGAGCGCUACCAGGGCCGGUUCACGGGACGCAUGCUCUGCGCCGGGAACCUCCAGGGACACAGACGCGUGGACAGCUGCCAGGGCGACAGCGGGGGGCCCCUGGUGUGCGAGCGGCCGGGGGCCGGCUGGGUGGUGUUCGGGGUGACCUCCUGGGGGUACGGCUGCCGCGCCCAGGAUUCGCCCGGCGUGUACACCAAAGUUUCGGCCUUUGUACCUUGGAUAAAAAGUGUCACCAAACUGUGACCCAUGGGAACCUCAGGGGGAAACAGUAUUUAAGGAACCUGUUGGAGAUUUUCGACCUCCACGUGGGUACUCAGCCAGAGCAGCCAGCAGAAGGGGACCGAGGUCCCGGUUUGUGGUUUGGGUGGAAGACUGUGCCCCUCCCGUGCCUGAGACAAUGUGCCACGUGGGCGGUGGUUAGAUACCUCAUGCAGUGCUGGUGGUCCCUCAUCAGCCUCGUCACAGCCACGGCCCAAGAUGAGUUUCUGUGGACACUACACUUACUCUCAUUUGAGCCUUCUCUCUGCCAGUUUCUCAGAAUCCUCGGGAGAUUAUUGUAUGUAUCGACCGUGCAAUAAGGCUGUUUUUACCUUUACUGGGAGACCUUCUUGUAACUGAGUCACUAAUACAUGGAUUCCUAUUACGUGCCCACAUUUGACGUGACCCUCAGGCACCUGAGCUCUGUAGACGGUCACGUGUGGACACCCGGGGCCAGGAGGUGCUGGGAUUCUGCUCAGUUCCCAGACUGGGACAGGGUCGCCGUCCCGGCGCACCCCUGACCGUGCCUUGUCCUGAGCACCGUGUCCACCGUGAGGACAGUGUUCUGGCUACCCUGUGUGUUCUCAGCGGGGUGUGGAGGAGUUCCUGGUAACGCAAUCAAGAAUGUCUUCCAGUUGUUGGACACACAGUCUAAUUUAUCCAUUCUGUUAGUUAACACCCCUACUCUGGUUCCUUUUAACCAUUCUAGACUGAUAACUUGGUAAAAUAAAUGUUUAUUCCACAG